CGCACACUCGUGCGGCCGUACAACACAGCGAGCUAAACAGCUGAUGCACCACCGAUACCGGCGAGAUGUCAAAUAUUAUCCUACGUGUGCAGUCUCCAGAGGGUACAAAACGUAUAGAAGUACUACCUUCUGAUACAAUUUCUCAACUUUACGAGAAGGUCUAUGAAGCCUUCGAUUUAAAUAGUUUUGGGUUUAAUCUCUGUAAGCAACGAAGUCAGAAGGAGCCACUUACGUCUACUCGAAGUAGAACGGUGUCAGGAAUCGGUCUUUCUCAUGGAGAUAUACUUUAUCUUGUGCCAGCUAAUGGCACCCAAUUGUGGAGUGCCCCAUCUACCAGUAGUGCCUCCAAUAACCCUUCUACAGAAUCAGGCCCAAUGGACACUGCAAACGGAAUUACAAAUCGUUCGUCUGGUCCGUCACGAUCUCUGCCAAAUGUAGUCGAGAACGACAUCGAUGAGCAAUUAUGGAAAUUGGACGGCAAAAUUCAGCGUAAACGCGACGAAAAACUUUGUCGGCAUGGAGCGAGAGGAUGCUGCGUUCACUGUUCACCUCUGGAACCUUUUGAUGAGAUUUAUUUGAAGGAACAAAAUAUCAAACACCUGUCUUUUCAUUCAUAUCUCAGGAAGCUCACUGCCGGAGUUGAUAGGGGCAAGUUUAUACAAUUAGACGACAUAAGCUGCCGUAUAAAGACUGGCUGCAAAGACCAUCCGCCGUGGCCGCGAGGGAUCUGCAGCAAAUGCCAACCGAAUUCAAUCACUCUGAACCGCCAGACUUAUCGGCACGUGGACAACGUCAUGUUCGAAAAUGCUAGUUUAGUAGAACGUUUUCUUAAUUAUUGGCGCAGCACUGGGCACCAGCGUAUCGGCUAUUUAUACGGAAGAUACGAAGUGCAUUCGGAUGUUCCGCUAGGAAUUAGAGCAGUCGUUGCGGCCAUAUACGAACCACCGCAGGUACAUAGCGCUCGUUCAAUCUUCGAUAAAUCUAUAAACGUACACUUUUGGUUAACAAAGUACCGAGAUAACGUUCACGUUUUUUUUUUUGGUCAGGAAAGUACAAAAGACACGAUAAGACUUCUGCCGGACGAGAAGGAAGCGUUAGUCGAGGAAUUAGGCCGGACACUUAAUCUGAGGAGAAUCGGAUGGAUUUUCACUGACCUCAUAGCCGACGAUAUCAAGAAGGGAACGGUCAAACAUGUCCGCAAUAUAGAAAGUCAUUUUCUAUCUGCUCAAGAGUGCAUUAUGGCUGGGUACUUUCAAAAUCGAUACCCAAACCCCUGCCGCUUCUCGCCUAAUGGUUAUUUCGGCUCAAAAUUUGUAACUGUUUGCGUUACAGGAGAUGAUAAAAAUCAAGUACACAUGGAGGGCUAUCAGGUAUCCAAUCAAUGCAUGGCGUUAGUACGAGAUGGCUGUUUGGUUCCUACAAAAGACGCACCGGAAUUGGGCUAUGUGAUCGAGUCGACUGAUAAACAAUACGUUCCGGAUGUCUUCUAUAAGGAGAAAGAUACGUAUGGAAACGAGGUAACAAGACUAGCAAGACCUUUGCCAGUAGAAUAUUUAUUGGUAGAUGUACCUGCGUCCACCCCACUUACUCCACAGUUCACCUUUUUCACGGAUGAUAACAUUACUCCAUUUCCAGUGGAGAACAGGCAGGUCGAUGGACAAGUUCAAGAAUUCAAUUCAUUGUGCACUUACAUGCAGCAAUUUAACAGCGAUCAAUUUCUGGAGGCAACUUCUGAUUUUCACUUGCUCCUUUUCAUCGCUACUAUGGACAUGUAUCCAAUGAAGGACCAUAUGUUGCCACUGCUCGAAGCUAUUCGCAACAAGGACAAGCAAAAAGCAUCGGAGUGGGCCCAAUCGGAGCAUUGGGCGACGGUGGAGCAACUGAUAUCUGUAACCUCCACGUCGUCGCGUCCUCCGCAAAUGUCGUCUUUCGGUAACAGCUCAAGGACGUUGCCUUCCGUAACCGCGGAAGGCAGUGGAGGAAUUGGCGUCGGUACCGAGCCGAUCGCGAAUCCACCACCCGACCAAGCUCUCUGGACCUGUUCUCAUUGCACUUUUCUCAAUGCCGCGGAUUUAGCAGUUUGCGAGAUGUGCAAUCUGCCAAGGAUCUGACGCGUAACGUGUCCUCGCGGAUAUAACGAUUGUUUUCUACGCAUCUUUGGCCUUAUUUAUGAGUGAAUAAAAAAAAAGGAAGAAAAAAUAUACCACACAAGUAUUUUCCAACUGACAUAUUUCCUUCCUACCAAGCUUCUCCCUGUGGCACAUUUUGUUUUUAUCUGCAGCCAGUUUGUAAUCAAUCUGAUAUAGAUGGUUUAAAUAUUAAUCCUAGCAGAAUGUUUUGUGAAGUUCUGACUUGUAAAUUGAUUCUAAACAGAUCAAUG